AUGGAGCCCGUCUUUGCAUUGCUGCAUGUGGUGAUGACUAUUAUAAAUUUUUCUCGAGCUAAUGAGGGUGCUUGUCGCCUGCAGGGAGAUCAAGUGUAUCCCCAGCUAUGGAAAGAUGGAGAGAUCAUCGUUGGAGGAAUUUUCCCUUUCCAUAGCAGUUGGGAUAUUAAAGACUUAUCUUAUGUGUCGAUGCCGCCGCCUCUGAAGUGCAUGAGUCUUGAUUUCAGGGCUUUCCAGUAUUCGCAGUCUUUGAUCUUUGCGGUGGAGGAGAUCAACAACAGCUCGUCUCUCUUACCUGGAGUCUCGCUGGGCUACGAAAUUUUUGACACUUGUAGUUCCAUGGCGAGGGGGGUAAAAGUGGCGAUGGCACUUAUUAAUGGAAACGAGAACUCGGCCUCAGAUGAGGCUUGUACCAAACCAGCCCAGGUUCAAGCUAUAAUUGGGGACACGGCCUCAUCACCCAGUAUGGCCAUUGCCAAGAGUAUCGGCCCAUUUAGCGUUCCUAUAAUCAGUCACUACGCCACAUGUGAGUGUCUCAGUGACAAGAGGAAAUAUCCCUCAUUUCUGCGCACCAUUCCCAGUGAUUACCAUCAAAGCAGAGCACUGGCAGAGAUGGUCAAGCACUUCGGUUGGACCUGGGUGGGCGCCUUAAGAACCGAUGAUGAUUAUGGCAACAGCGGGAUGGCCACUUUCUCCAAAAUAGCCCAACAGUUGGGCGUCUGCUUAGAAUACUCCCUUCCAUUUUUUAGAACCUACUCUCAAGAAAAAGUGCUGAGAAUAGUCGAGCAAAUCAAAAGCUCAACGUCCCGGGUGAUAGUGGCGUUCCUUGCUCACUGGGACCUGGAGAUCUUGCUGCAUGCAUUUUUCGAGCACAACAUCACCGGUUACCAGUGGGUCGGAACUGAGGGCUGGAUCUCAGAUUCGACCGUCGCUGCGCUGGACAAGCACAACAUCCUGCAAGGAGCCAUAGGGCUGUCCGUUCCAAAAACGAACGUGAUGGGGCUGAAGGACUUCAUCCUCGAUAUAAAUCCGCUGAAAUCAGCAGGCAGCGCUAUAUUCACAAAAUUUUGGGAGGCUCUGUUUAAGUGUAAAUACGCCCCUCAGAACGAAUCGACGGACGCACAGUUGUGCACAGGACAAGAGAAGCUAUCUGAGGUGGAGAACACGUUCACUGAUAUGUCACUCCUGCCUAUUUUCAGUAAUGUCUACAAAGGCGUGUACGCUGUCGCCCAUACCUUACACGACCUUCUAGGUUGCAAGCAAACAUGUCCUACAAAAAAGCAGCCCGACCCUCUCACAUUUCUUGAACACCUCAAAAAGGUGCGUUUCAAAACCAAGGAGGGUGAAGAGGUAUUUUUUGAUGAGAAUGGCGACCCUGCUGCAAAAUAUGAAAUCAUAAACUGGCAAACCAGUAAGCAACACCAGCAUGAAUUCAUCACUGUUGGACUUUAUGAUUCAUCUUUUCCUGAACACAGUCGAUUAGCUGUUAACAUGGACACGAUUACCUGGGCACAAAAUACCAAUCAGGUUCCAGAAUCCGUGUGCAGUGAGAGUUGCCUUCCUGGCUCAAGAAAAGCUGUACAGAAAGGGAAACCGAUCUGCUGCUUCGACUGUAUACCAUGUGCUGAAGGAGAGAUCAGUAAUAUGACAGAUUCUACUACAUGUGAUCAGUGCCCACAAGAAUACUGGUCAAAUCCACCAAGGGACAAAUGUGUUAAAAAGGAAAUUGAAUAUCUGUCCUAUAAUGAAAUAAUGGGCAUUUUAUUAACAACUAUUUCUGUUAUUGGUACAUUCAUGACUAUAAUAAUAGCGGUCAUCUUCUUUAGAUAUAAAAAUACCCCCAUUGUCAGGGCCAACAACUCUGAGCUGAGCUUCCUGCUGCUCUUCUCUCUGACUCUGUGUUUCCUCUGUUCACUUACUUUCAUCGGUCAGCCUUCUGAUUGGUCCUGUAUGCUCCGCCACACAGCGUUCGGGAUCAUCUUCGUCCUCUGCAUCUCCUGUGUUCUGGGUAAAACAUUAGUGGUGUUGAUGGCGUUCAGAGCGACACUUCCGGGCAGUAACGUCAUGAAAUGGUUUGGGCCUCCACAGCAGAGACUCAGUGUUCUUGCUUUCACUUUAAUUCAGGUCAUUAUUUGUGUGUGUUGGUUAAUAAUAUCUCCUCCGUACCCUUUUAAAAAUUUUAAGCAUUACAAAGAAAAGAUCAUUCUGGAAUGCAAUUUGGGUUCUAACGUGGGUUUCUGGGCUGUUCUGGGUUAUAUCGGGAUUUUGGCUCUUCUGUGUUUCAUUUUGGCUUUUCUGGCUCGGAAGCUGCCUGAUAAUUUUAAUGAAGCUAAAUUUAUCACCUUCAGCAUGCUGAUAUUCUGUGCAGUUUGGAUCACUUUUAUUCCAGCGUAUGUCAGUUCACCUGGUAAAUUUACUGUAGCUGUGGAGAUUUUUGCUAUUCUGGCAUCGAGUUUUGCCUUGUUGUUUUGCAUCUUUCUUCCUAAAUGUUAUGUUAUUUUAUUAAAACCAGAAAAAAAUUCAAAAAAGCACAUGAUGGGCAAAAAUUAG